GUAUGUAUAUAUGUGUGUUUAGGAUUUUUGUAUUGUAAGUCCAAGGGUAAUUACCCAAUCCCCAUUGCUCUUUGUUAUUGGAUUGUAAAGUGACCGCAGACGCAGGGAGGAGUCACAUGAGUGUACAGUGCUGUUUGUGUCUGGAUCAUCAGCUGUGGCGCCUCCUAGAGAGGGAGGAGCCAAAAAACAAUAGGAGUAAUAACUUAAUAUUAGAUACCAGCUGUUUGAUGAUAAAUAUCUAUUUCGCUAUUAAUCUAUGAAAUUGAAGGGAGGUUCUCACGGUAAACUGUUUCCCACAGAUGGACUCUUCCAUGGAUCACAUGCUGGAUUAACGAUGAGAGGCCUCACAAACUACCGCCUGUCCUGCUGUGUGAACACGUUAGUGCAGACGCUCUCUGCCACGUGGGAGCUAUCAGACCUGCUGCAGCAGUGGAACACAGCUGGCGUCAGGUCAGGGAGUCUGAACGUUCCUCUGCAGCUGAAGAGGCUUCUGCUCGCCAUGAUGAACGACGUUCCUCAGCAUGUUCCUCAUCGAGACUUCCUCCACUGUCUGGACAGGAACGCCGUCUCACUGAACGUGCAGCACGACGCAGAUGAAGUGUUCCUCUCCAUCCUGAACUCCAUGUAUCAGCAGAUGGACGACAGAGAGCUGGCUCUUGAAAUCCAGGAUCUGUAUAAAGUGUCUGUGGAGACACGCCUGCAGUGCCUGGAGUGCACGUCCGUGCAGACGCGCAGCAGCUACCUGCUCAGUUUGCCUCUGCGUGUGAAGGAAGAUCACAACCGUCUGGAAGAUUGUAUUUCCUCCUUCUUGGAGGUUCAUGAGCUGCGGGACAUAAACUCCUGCUUCUGUGCGCGCUGUGAAACCAAGACUCCGUCUAAACAGGGCGUCAAACUUCUCUCCCUGCCUCGUAUCGUGUGCAUGCACCUGAAACGCUUCAGAUAUCGCCAUGGUAACGCCCGAAAACUCAACUGCCAGGUAACUUUUCCAGAGACCCUUGACUUCUGUGAGAUCGCUAAAGACGGCUUCUCCGCAGACUUUGCUCAGAGUGAGUGCACAUACACUCUGUAUGCAGUCGUCGUGCACUGUGGAGGUGCCACGUUUGGCCACUACACGGCCUUCGUCCGUGACAGAGUGAAUCAGGAGUGGUAUCACGCUGACGACAGCCGCGUGAAGAGGUCGUCAUGGGCCAACGUGCAGAGAACAUAUGGAAACACAGCGUACAGCGGCACAGCGUACAUGCUCAUGUACAGACGUGACGAGAGGCAACAACCACAGUUAUCUGGCUGAUGAUGAACGAUGAAGAACAGAGGUGGAAACACCAAUACACCAAGAUUUAAUCAUGAAUUAAACGUUUAUUUUCUUGAAAUAAUUUGAAUCAUAAUUAAUAGAAAUGUUGUAUUUUUCUGACCUCAGAGUUCAUAGAAGUGCUUUAUAUACCUUUACAUAUCAAUCAUCACAACACCAGCUAUUUCUAGCCAGUAGGUGGCGUUGAAGACUUAAGUCAGAGCAGAGUUUUCCACUCUGAGACCACACACA